GCGGGGCUAGGGAAGAAACUUCCCCAGCGGGCGUGUGGCCGCGGGUUUUGCAUGGUCCAAUGAGGGCGGGCGGCGUGGCCAGGGCUGGUGGCGACGAUGAUGCGCCUGCGCAGAGACGGCAGCACGACUGGGGUUGACUCCGGGGGCGCGGCGAGGAGAGAGAUGAGGCUGAGCUGGGUCUUGACAGUACUGUCCAUCUGCCUGAGCGCCCUGGUCACGGCCACAGGGGCCGAGGGCAAACGGAAGCUGCAGAUUGGAGUCAAGAAACGGGUAGACCACUGUCCCAUCAAAUCGAGGAAAGGGGACGUCCUGCACAUGCACUAUACGGGGAAGCUAGAAGAUGGAACAGAGUUUGACAGCAGCCUGCCCCAGAACCAGCCCUUUGUCUUCUCCUUGGGCACAGGCCAGGUCAUCAAGGGCUGGGACCAGGGGCUGCUAGGGAUGUGUGAGGGGGAGAAGCGGAAGCUGGUGAUUCCAUCAGAGCUGGGGUAUGGAGAGCGGGGAGCUCCCCCAAAGAUUCCAGGUGGUGCAACCUUGGUGUUCGAGGUGGAGCUGCUCAAAAUCGAGCGACGUUCAGAACUGUAGCCAAACUGGAGAGGGGCGGUGGAGAGGCCCCCAUCAGGGACCAGACUGUUUAAAGAAAAAAAAAAAAAAAACCUUAAAACCCA